UUAAGAACAAUCACCAUUCAGAGUUCUUUCUCAAGACCUUGACUUUAGACUGGGUCCCACAAAAGGGCCCGGUCCACUUCGUGUGCAACUCUUGGGUGUACCCCGUUCACAAGUACGAGCAUGAUAGGGUCUUCUUCACUAAUGAUACGUAUUUGCCGAGUGAAAUGCCAGAAACUCUGAGACAAUACAGAGAAGAAGAGCUACACCAUCUAAGAGGCGACUAUGUCACAGGCGAGCUCCAAGAGCACGAUCGCGUCUAUGGUUAUGCCUACUACAACGAUCUUGGUGAUCCUGACAAGGGACCCGCAUCUGCUCGCCCUGUGAUUGGCGGCUCCAAAGAAUACCCUUAUCCCCGCAGGGGACGAACUGGACGUCCUCCUACACAAACCGAUCCGAAAUCGGAGAGUAGACUCCCCCUCGUGAGCCUAGACAUCUAUGUUCCACGAGAUGAACGGUUUGGUCACCUUAAGAUGUCUGAUUUCCUUGCAUACGCACUAAAGUCGGUGACCCGGGCUUUACUCCCCACCUUGGAUGCGUUGUACUUCGAUGAAACAGCAAUGGAGUUUGAUUCGUUCGAAGACGUGCUUAACCUCUAUGAAGGAAUGCUUCAGCUGCCUGAGUCUCCAGCUCUUGAGGAGAUUAGAAGCAGGACUCCCCUUGAGAUGAUUAAGGAAUUGGUGAGAGCUGAGGGGGAGUAUAUACUUAGGCUCCCGGUACCACAAGUUAUCAAAGAGAACAAAUUCGCUUGGAGGACCGAUGAAGAAUUUGGACGAGAAAUGCUUGCUGGUGUGAACCCCGUCAUUCUGAGGCGCCUUCAGGAAUUUCCACCAACAAGUAGUCUUGAUCCAAGACUAUAUGGCAACCAUGCUAGCUCCAUAACAAAGGAUCAUAUUGCGAAGAACCUAGACGGACUUACAGUUGAUCAGGCAUUGAAGAGCGACAGGCUCUUCAUUUUGGACCAUCAUGACUCCCUUAUGCCAUUCGUGAACCGAGUCAAUAUUGCCACUGCUAACAAGAUAUACGCAACUCGAACUCUCCUAUUCCUUAAUGAUGAUAGUACUCUGAAGCCCUUAGCAAUCGAGCUAAGCUUACCUCAUCCUGAGGGAGAAAAACACGGUGCAGUCAACAGAGUCUUUACACCAUCGAAUCAUGGAGUCGAAGGAUCAAUAUGGCAGUUGGCCAAGGCCUAUGCUACUGUUAAUGACUCUGGAGUUCACCAGCUCAUCAGCCAUUGGUUGAACACACAUGCAACAAUCGAGCCAUUCGUAAUCGCAACAAAUCGGCAAUUGAGCGUAGUGCACCCGAUAUACAGACUUUUGAGCCCACAUUUUCGGGAGACGAUGAAUAUCAACGCUUUGGCUCGCCAGAUUCUCAUCAAUGCUGAUGGAGUUCUUGAGAAGACUGUGUUUCCUGGGAGAUACGCCAUGGAGAUGUCGUCCGCAGUAUAUAAAAGUUGGAAGUUCACUGAGCAAGGUCUACCAGCUGAUCUCCUCAAGAGAGGCAUUGCAGUUGAAGACCCAACCAGCCCAAACAAACUCCGGCUCCUAAUCAAAGACUACCCCUACGCCGUGGAUGGGCUCUCCGUCUGGGCCGCAAUCGAGACGUGGGUCACUGAAUACUGUUCCAUCUACUAUUCAGACCACGCCACAGUCCAAUCCGAUACCGAGCUCCAAGCCUGGUGGACUGAAAUAAUCGAAGUGGGCCAUGGCGACAAAAAGAACGAGGCCUGGUGGCCCAAAAUGCAAUCCAUCUCCGACUUGGUCCAAACUUGCACUACGAUCAUAUGGAUAUCCUCUGCGCUUCACGCCGCUGUCAAUUUCGGACAGUAUCCCUACGCUGGUUACCUCCCGAAUCGGCCAACCAUCAGCAGGCGUUUUACGCCCGAACCGGGUUCGUCUGACUACGACGAGCUAGCCAGAGACCCAGGCCGGGUUUUUUUUAGGACUAUAACGAGCCUGGUUCAGACGAUACUGGGCGUGUCACUGAUUGAGAUAUUGUCACGCCAUUCAUCAGACGAGGUGUACCUCGGUCAGCGAGAUACACUGGAGUGGACAUCCGAUACGAGGGCUAUCGAUGCUUUUCAACGGUUCGGGAGCAAGUUGAUUGAGAUUGAGAAUAGGAUUUUGGAGAUGAACCAGGAUGGAAGUUUGAAGAACAGGAAUGGGCCGGUUCAAAUGCCGUAUACUUUGUUGUAUCCGAAUACGUCGGAUCAUACGCUGGUUGGUGGGCUAACGGGUCGGGGAAUACCAAAUAGUGUGUCGAUUUGAGGUUUGCAGCGGGUGACCGGUCCAACAGUAGUGUUGAUUUCUGCUUGACACGGAGAUGAUGGUCUAUAAUUUUGAGGAAUCAUGAAACUGAUUCUGGCGUUAGGAAUAAUUUGGUUAUAGACGCAGUCUGGACUUAUGGAGAUGAUGAUGAUAUUGUAUUGUGAAUGAUGAUAUUGUAUUUGGAAA